UGACUUUGUGAAAUUUCCAGGCUCUUAUCAUAUCAAUUCUCUUUAAAUUUGCUCACUUCUUUCCCUCUUCUCUCUGUAAAAUACCAUUCGAAUCUUACCAUUAACGGAGAAACAGUGUAUGCAGAGACAAUGGGCAAUACAGAUUCGUUCUGUGGGCGUAAAAGAUUUCCCAGCAAGGAAACUUCGAACAGUUCUGUUGGAAACAACUCAUCUCACGAUGGUAUUAAAACAAUUGAAGCUGUCAAGAGUUGUAGCUUCUCUAGAAAGUCAGAUCUUUGCAUCCGUAUCAUCACUUGGAACAUGAAUGGAAAGGUUUCGUAUGAGGAUUUGGUAGAGCUUGUUGGCAAAGACAGAAAAUUCGAUUUGCUUGUCGUUGGCGUGCAAGAGGCUCCCAAAACCAAUGUAGCUCAACUUUUGCAGACAGCUUCAUCUCCAACUCAUGUGCUUCUUGGGAAGGCGAAACUGCAAUCGAUCCAGCUAUUUUUGUUUGGACCAAAGAAUUCACAACCACUAGUAAAAGAACUAAAAGCGGAGAGUCAAUCGGUUGGAGGAUGUGGAGGUUUAAUUGGAAGAAAGAAAGGAGCCGUGGCUAUUCGUAUUAACUACGAUGACUUCAAAAUCGUUUUCAUCUCUUGUCAUCUCUCUGCUCACGCAUAUAAAGUAGAUCAGAGAAAUGAAGAGUUGAGACGCAUAUCAAAUUCACUAUUAUCAAAAGACAAAAGGACACAUGACCUCAUUGUUUGGCUUGGAGAUCUUAAUUACAGGAUCCAAGAUGUCUCUAACCGUCCUGCUCGAUCCCUUAUCCAAAAUCAUCUCCAAUCUGUUCUUGUGAGUAAAGAUCAGCUCUUGCAAGAAGCUGAGAGAGGUGAAAUAUUCAAGGGAUAUUAUGAAGGUACCCUAGGGUUUAAACCGACUUACAAAUACAAUGUGGGAAGCAGUAACUACGAUACAAGCCACAAGGUCAGGGUUCCAGCUUGGACAGACAGGAUCUUGUACAAGAUUCAAGAUACCAAAAAUAUUCAAACAACUCUUUACUCUUAUGAUUCCAUAGACCAAGUGAAUGGUUCCGAUCAUAAGCCUGUGAAAGCGGAUCUCUGCUUGAAGUGGAUCAACAGUUAAAUAAAUGAACGAAUUUUGUGAGGGGUCAGAAUAAUAUAUUGUUGCUAUAUUGAAUGUAAAUAGUAAGCAACACUUUGCUUUUUUCUUUUUAGCUAUUAUUAGAUUUGUAUGUUUCAAUGUAAGGUUCGCAACUCUCCAAAGUGUUAAUUUCUUGU